AAAGAAGAGAAGAUAGGUUUCUAUAGUGCAGCGCUUACUGUGAAGAUUUAGAAAUAAAAGAGAAGCUAUAAUGGCAUGUGUUUGCGUUUGGGUUGUGUGUUUUUUCUUUGAAUAUUUUUUCUCAGCUAUUAGAUGACAAGUAAACAUGUCUGGAAGUACAAUCUGGAAUUCGGGGAUGUGGAGGAAUCACUGAUGUCAGACAUGUUGUAUCUCGUUCUAAUUAAAAAUGAUGUUACUGAUUUUAAUAAGGAUUUGAUUACCAUGACUAAGGAGCGGCUCUUUUACAAAGUUCCAUUCUUUGAAGUUAAAGAGCAGAAUUGCCCUCCAAUUUUGGAGGAUAUCUUGAAUGUCUCCAAGGUUACUUGUCCGACCAUCCUCCUCCUCAGGGGAUGGCAGUUGGUCAACCAUUAUCCAUAUCAUACUGCUACUGCAGCUCGACUUUCCUCCUUUGUAUCCUCUCAUAUGUUUACAACAAGUGAAUAUGUCUUGGAGGACGUUCUGGGAUUAGGUGCUGCUGAGAAGUCACCUAGUGGUAACAGCACAUCAUCUUCCGAGGAUGAAAAAAAUAGAGAGCGUGGAUUCCAUUUGGAAUCUCCGAAAAGAGAAGAACACGACAAAGAAAGUUAGAAGGAUGGAUUUGAUUUCUCGGGUUUGGAUGAGUCCCACAUGGCUGAGUUAUUGAGGAAUCCCCCAUUAGAGGAACUACUGAAGUCAAACAAUUUAUAUCUCCUUCUAAUUAA